GCACGGCCGCGUGGCCAUGUUUGCGACCAUCGGCUACAUCCUCCCAGAGUACUGGCGCUUCCCCGGCUACCUGUCGAAGUACCUGGACAUCAAGUUCGCUGAUAUGCCUAAUGGCCUCAGCGCUCUUAGCAAGGUGCCUUCUUUCGGCUGGCUUCAGAUCGUUGGCUUCGCCGGCAUCGUAGAGGUGCAAAUCUACAACGAGCAGGUCAACAACGAGCCCGGCAACUACGGCGCCGGCUUUCUCGGGCUUCGGUCCAUUGGCAUCAUGAACACUGGCAUCCAGGAUCCGGAGGUCCGCAAGAAAAAGCUCAACGCCGAGUUGGCCAAUGGCAGAUUAGCCAUGUUUGCCAUCAUCGGUAUGUUCUUCCAGGACGGCCUCACUGGCUCGGCUUGGGGAGACUGGUCUCUCUACACCGCCUCCCCGCUCCGUGCAUUCGAGGGUGAGUUGGGUGUCCAGGCACCUGUGGGCUUCUGGGACCCCCUGGGCCUUUCGGCUGAUGGCGACACGGCGGUCUUCAAGCGCCGACGUGAGGUUGAGCUCAAGCACGGCAGGAUCUCGAUGUACGCCACGAUUGGCUACAUCGUCCCCGAGUACUUCAGGUGGCCUGGUGACCUCUCCCCAAAGUUGGGCUUGAAGUUCACCGACAUCCCCAACGGCCUGGCAGCACUGACAAAGGUUCCUGGCCAGGGUUGGGCACAGAUCGUAGCCUUCCUGGGAUGCUACGAGCUCUUCGUCAACAAGCCCGUGGGAGAGGAGCCCGGCAAUUACGGCAAGGGCAACCUGGGCCUGGGCUUCCUUGGGCCCGUGACAAACCCCGAGGCACGAACCAAAAAGCUUUCGGCGGAGUUGGCAAAUGGCCGCUUGGCGAUGAUGGCCAUCAUCGGAAUGCUGUUCCAGGAUGGAUUGACAGGCUCCGCGUGGGGCGACUGGGCACUGUAUACGGACUCUCCUCUUCGCAGUGGACUGAUGAGCCCUGGCUACAACACUCUGCCCGAGUGGGAGAAGCCCAACACGGGCUUCCAAGGCCUGACUGGUGACCAA